AAUCGGAACCAUGACAUCAAGUGCCCAGAGAAUCUUACGUGCCCCUUCACGGCACAGACCGCAAAGCAAGAGUUUAGUAGUGGACACAGCCCUGGAGACCUGAUUGAGACCUCCCGUACCGGCUGCCAGCACUGGGCUCUCUACGUGGAAAACGGCUACGUGAUCCAUCUGCCUCCUGCAAGCGAGGCCCGGUGGUCAAGCAUCCCCAUCGUCCGCUCCUUUCUGAGCCGCACAGCAGAGGUGAAAAAGGAGCUCCUCACCGAUGGGGUGGGGGGUUGCAGGUAUCAGGUCAACAACUGCUUGGACCACGAGUACAACCCGCAGCCUGUGCACAAGAUUCUCAGUUCGGCCAAGGGGAUGAUUGGUAAGAAGUUGGAGUACGAUGCUGUGAAGAAAAAUAGUAAGCACUUUGUCACCAAACUGAGAUAUGGCGAGGCCAUCCACCUAUAG